UGUAAGGAUGGAAUGUUAUUGCGCUGCACUUAGAUUUUAAUAAAAUUAUUAAUGAUUGAUUUUUGCAAAUGUAAAUAUAUUGUUAUAAGAUUCUCUAAUUAAAGUACCAAAAAUGCAAUUGACUUACAGAAAAUUAUUUCAGAGCAGCUUAAUUUUAAGGCAAAUUGUUUAUGUUCCUUCUUACAAACCACCAAAUGAGAAAGAUUUCAAUAAUCUUUUAAAUUUUUUAUACCAACAUAAUAAAAUUUUAAUUCUGACGGGAGCUGGUAUAUCCACAGAAUCUGGCAUACCUGACUAUAGAUCUGAAGAGGUGGGCUUGUACGCGCGAACUAAUCACAAACCAAUACAAUAUCAGGAGUUUGUUAAAUAUCCAAAGGUGAGGCAGAGAUACUGGGCUAGGAAUUUUAUUGGAUGGCCAAGAUUUAGUUCUAUACAACCAAAUUCUACACAUUUUGCCAUCAGGGAUUUGCAAAAGGCAGACAAAGUAACAUCAGUUGUAACACAAAAUGUGGACCGGUUGCAUCAUAAAGCAGGCUCAGAUAAUGUAAUAGAGCUGCAUGGUACAGGGUAUAUUGUGAAAUGUCUUAAUUGCCCAUAUGAAAUAGAUAGAUUUAAACUGCAAGAGGAAUUGUUAAGGAACAACCCAGCUAUGGAGAGCAACUUUGGCAUGAUUAGACCUGAUGGAGAUGUUGAACUUUCUAAGGAUCAAGUAGAUAACUUCCAGACACCUCUAUGCCCUAAAUGUGAAGGGCCACUAAAACCAGAUAUAGUGUUCUUUGGAGACAAUGUGCCAAAAGCAAGAGUGGAAAAAGUUAAAAGUGAAGUAACAAACAGCGAUGCUAUAUUUGUACUCGGUUCUAGUUUGACUGUGUACUCUAGUUAUAGAAUUAUACUACAAGCCAAGGAGGAAGGAAAGAAGAUAGCUGUUCUCAACAUAGGACCUACACGUGCUGACGAUAUUGUUGAUAUCAAGGUCUCUACUAAGUGUGGAGAAAUAUUAACAGAGCUUUGUAAUAAUGUAUGCACUUGACAUCUAUUAUAAUGGAAUAAUAGGAUAAUAUUUAUCAGGACAUUGAUGCAAUAUUACCUCUUAUAGGAUAAGAAUAUGUUGAAUAAAAAAGUAAUGGCA